UCAAUUUAUCGUAAACAAAAGGGAUGUGCGCCGACCCGGAAGUGGAAAUUGGGGGAACCGGGCCGGUGUAGCUCCGAAGGCCAGCGGUGAGGAGGCGGGGGGAAGCCGUAGCCAUGGCGGUGGCUGUGGCCAUGGUGGGAGCCGUAAACGGGACGGAGCUCGGCCCCGCGGAAGAACUCGCCAAACUCGAGUAUCUGUCUUUAGUGUCGAAGGUUUGCACCGAGUUGGACAAUCACUUGGGGAUCAACGACAAGGAUCUGGCUGAAUUUGUGAUCAGUCUUGCUGAGAAAAAUACCACCUUUGAUACUUUUAAGACUUCACUGGUCAAAAAUGGUGCAGAAUUCACGGAUUCUCUUAUUAGCAACUUGCUGCGUCUCAUACAAACCAUGCGGCCUCCAGCAAAGCCUUCUACUAGCAAAGAUCCAGUUGUUAAACCCAAAACUGAGAAAGAAAAGCUGAAAGAACUCUUUCCAGUCCUUUGCCAACCAGACAACCCUUCUGUUCGGACCAUGCUGGAUGAGGAUGAUGUGAAGGUCGCUGUGGAUGUCCUGAAAGAACUGGAGGCUUUAAUGCCCAGCGCAGCGGGCCAGGAGAAGCAGAGAGAUGCUGAGCGCCGGGACAAGUCGAAGAAGAAGAAGCGGAGCCGGAGCCGGGACCGAGAGCGAGAGCGUGACCGUGAUCGUGAUCGUGAUAGAGAACGAGACCGUGAUAGAGACCACAAGCGGAGACAUCGGUCCCGUUCUCGAUCACGUUCCAGGACCCGGGAGAGGAAUAAAGGGAAGUCUAGAUAUCGGUCCAGGAGCAGAAGUCAGAGUCCCCCCAAAGACCGGAAGGACCGAGACAAGUAUGGGGAGAGGAAUCUGGACAGAUGGCGGGAUAAGCACGUGGACCGCCCUCCCCCGGAAGAGCCUGCUAUCGGGGACAUUUACAAUGGCAAAGUUACCAGCAUCAUGCAGUUUGGAUGCUUUGUGCAGCUAGAGGGACUGAGGAAGCGGUGGGAAGGCCUGGUGCAUAUUUCUGAGCUCCGGCGGGAAGGCCGUGUCGCUAAUGUGGCUGAUGUGGUGAGCAAAGGCCAGAGAGUCAAGGUCAAAGUGUUGUCCUUCACUGGGACCAAGACCAGUUUGAGCAUGAAGGAUGUCGAUCAAGAGACUGGGGAAGAUCUAAACCCAAAUCGACGGCGAAAUCUUGUCGGGGAGACCAAUGAGGAGACUUCUAUGAGGAAUCCGGACAGACCCACUCACCUCUCCCUCAUCAGUGCCCCUGAAGUAGAGGAUGACUCGCUGGAGCGCAAGCGCCUGACCCGCAUCUCUGACCCAGAGAAGUGGGAGAUCAAACAGAUGAUUGCUGCUAAUGUUCUUUCCAAAGAAGAGUUUCCAGACUUUGAUGAAGAGACUGGCAUUCUUCCUAAAGUAGAUGAUGAAGAAGAUGAGGACCUUGAGAUCGAACUGGUUGAGGAAGAGCCUCCCUUCCUGAGAGGGCACACCAAGCAAAGCAUGGACAUGAGCCCUAUUAAAAUUGUUAAGAACCCGGACGGCUCGCUCUCUCAGGCAGCCAUGAUGCAGAGUGCCUUGGCCAAAGAAAGACGGGAACUCAAGCAAGCCCAGCGAGAAGCCGAGAUGGAUUCUAUUCCCAUGGGACUCAACAAACAUUGGGUUGAUCCUUUGCCUGAUGCGGAAGGCAGGCAGAUUGCUGCCAACAUGAGGGGUAUUGGGAUGAUGCCCAAUGACAUCCCCGAGUGGAAGAAGCAUGCCUUUGGGGGCAACAAAGCUUCUUAUGGAAAAAAGACCCAGAUGUCAAUCCUUGAGCAGAGAGAGAGCUUGCCUAUCUACAAACUGAAGGAGCAGCUGGUCCAGGCUGUCCAUGACAAUCAGAUCCUGAUUGUUAUCGGAGAGACAGGAUCUGGGAAGACAACGCAGAUCACCCAGUACCUGGCGGAGGCAGGCUACACUUCCAGGGGCAAGAUUGGAUGUACUCAGCCUAGAAGAGUGGCAGCCAUGUCAGUGGCCAAAAGAGUGUCAGAGGAGUUUGGUUGUUGCUUAGGCCAAGAGGUGGGCUAUACCAUUCGAUUUGAGGACUGUACCAGCCCUGAAACAGUCAUCAAGUACAUGACAGACGGGAUGUUGCUCCGAGAGUGCCUGAUUGACCCCGACCUCACGCAGUAUGUGGUCAUCAUGUUGGAUGAGGCACAUGAGAGAACAAUUCACACUGAUGUGCUCUUUGGAUUGUUGAAGAAGACAGUUCAGAAACGGCAGGACAUGAAGCUGAUUGUCACCUCGGCUACCUUGGAUGCAGUGAAGUUUUCUCAGUACUUCUAUGAAGCUCCCAUCUUCACCAUCCCUGGUCGAACGUAUCCAGUGGAAAUAUUGUACACAAAGGAACCUGAGACAGAUUAUCUGGAUGCCAGCUUGAUCACCGUCAUGCAGAUCCAUUUAACAGAACCACCAGGUGACAUCCUGGUCUUUCUGACUGGUCAGGAGGAGAUCGACACUGCCUGUGAGAUCCUGUAUGAAAGAAUGAAAUCCCUGGGACCUGAUGUUCCAGAGUUGAUUAUCCUGCCAGUGUACUCUGCUCUUCCCAGUGAGAUGCAGACGCGAAUCUUUGACCCAGCUCCACCCGGCAGCAGAAAGGUUGUGAUUGCCACCAACAUUGCAGAGACAUCGCUGACUAUUGACGGCAUCUACUACGUGGUGGACCCUGGCUUUGUGAAGCAGAAAGUUUACAAUUCCAAGACGGGGAUCGACCAGCUCGUGGUGACUCCCAUUUCUCAGGCUCAGGCAAAGCAACGAGCUGGCAGAGCUGGAAGAACAGGCCCAGGGAAGUGUUACAGGCUAUACACAGAACGAGCCUACCGAGACGAAAUGCUGACCACCAAUGUGCCGGAGAUCCAGAGAACCAACUUAGCAAGCACAGUGCUCUCGCUCAAGGCCAUGGGCAUCAAUGACCUUCUGUCCUUUGACUUCAUGGAUGCCCCACCAAUGGAAACCUUGAUCACAGCCAUGGAGCAACUGUACACACUGGGGGCCCUGGAUGAUGAGGGCCUGCUUACUCGCCUGGGCCGCAGGAUGGCAGAAUUCCCACUGGAACCAAUGCUGUGCAAAAUGCUGAUCAUGUCUGUGCAUCUGGGCUGCAGUGAGGAAAUGCUGACCAUUGUGUCCAUGCUGUCUGUGCAGAACGUUUUUUACAGGCCCAAGGAUAAACAAGCCCUCGCUGAUCAGAAGAAGGCCAAAUUCCACCAAACCGAAGGAGACCACCUCACCCUGUUGGCCGUGUACAAUUCUUGGAAGAACAACAAGUUUUCCAACCCCUGGUGCUAUGAGAACUUUAUUCAAGCUCGUUCUCUGCGCCGGGCCCAGGACAUUCGCAAGCAGAUGUUAGGCAUAAUGGACAGACACAAGCUGGAUGUGGUUUCCUGCGGAAAGUCCACAGUCCGAGUGCAGAAGGCCAUCUGCAGUGGAUUCUUCCGAAAUGCUGCCAAGAAAGACCCACAGGAGGGCUACCGGACACUGAUCGACCAGCAAGUGGUCUACAUUCACCCUUCCAGUGCUCUCUUCAACAGGCAGCCGGAAUGGGUGGUGUACCAUGAGCUGGUGCUGACCACAAAGGAGUACAUGCGUGAGGUCACCACCAUCGACCCCCGGUGGCUGGUGGAGUUCGCUCCUGCCUUCUUCAAGGUCUCCGACCCGACGAAGUUAAGCAAGCAGAAGAAGCAGCAGCGCCUGGAACCCUUGUACAACCACUAUGAGGAGCCCAACGCCUGGAGAAUAUCCCGGGCUUUCCGGCGGCGCUGACAGGCAAGACUUGUUUGUCUCUCCCGCGGCAGUGGCCCAGGGCUCGGACUCACUCUUUUUGUGGAAAAGCUGACCAUGAGGAUACGAUCUUAACUGGACAUCUUCCAAACUUGAUUUGCAUUUCUUCCCUUGUGGUAAAAUAGAAACAAGGAUUUACGCCUGGUUUGACCAGAAUGUCCAGCCUGCACUACCCCAAGUCACUGGGGCCACCUGGGGCUCACAGCCAACACGGGGUACACUGUAUCAUCUCCAAGAAAGGGGUAACUCGUGCAGCCCUGGGAUGGGAAAUGGGUUGUGAGCAUCGGACACCUGGACAUGCAGACAGAUGGACACGAUGGGGACCCUGAUGUCCUAGCUGGUACUGCGUGGAGGAGGGAGCCAUGAAGCUCAUUGAAAGUGUUGGCCCCACUUCCUGCUCCUGUCCAGCCCCUGUACUUUCCCUUGACCUGAUAAUAUUUAUUUUCUUAAGGAAACAAAAA